UGCAAACAUGUCUUCUGAUAUACAGAUAGGACAGUUGCCCUUGACCUGGAUAAGAAAAAUUCUUACCCUUUUUGAAAGGUUUGACAGAGAUAAAGAUGGAGUUAAUAAGCGUGAAGAUCUUUUGCUAUAUGCGGACAAAGUGAUAAGAGAAGGUACCUUGACAGAUGAGGCAAGUUGUGGCAUCUACAAGUUCUUUCAAAAUUACUUUGAUGUUGAGGCUGCACAAGAUAUUCACAAUAAAACUUCAGUGGCAGAGAAACUUAUAUCAGUUUGGAAAUACAAAGAUGUAUCAGAAAUAGUUGAAUGGUGGUUGAAAAUGUUCUUAACGAUUUUCGAGGCUUGCAACUUGGAUUCUACUGGUCUCAUGCCAUUUGACAGCUUCAUGGUUUUUUGGAAUUCAAUUGACGCAGAUAAAAGAUUUGCACGGAUGCAGUUUGACUUCUUGGAUACUGACGGGGAUGGAUUCAUAAGCAAAGAAGAAUUUUCCAAUGGAUUUGUUCACUAUAUGAGUAACACAGAUGAAAAUACUCUCAACCGCUUUGUUGGACCACUCAUAAACUACUAACAUACGAGGGUUGUCCCAGAAGUAUAUGUAUUUGUUCUCUAGUUAUGCUGAAUUUAACACUGAACAACAAGGACACAGACGUGUAUAACAUGUCCCCACCAAUGGGUGAUCCUAUAUAGAUUUUUCAUCCUGAAUGCGCACAAUUAAUCAGUUGAAGAGACAAGAUUUUAGGACAAAAGAUACAAAAUGGCCACCUUAAAAUUUACCCAG